ACUACACGUCAGUCAAUGGCAUAUAUGAACCAAACACCUGGCAGCCCCUCUCUCUUUCUCUCCCUCUCACACACAUACGCACGCAUAGGAGCUCAUAUUUCACACUCACAUCACAGACGAUCAGAACACAGAGCAAAGCUUUGGUAGGAAACAAGAGAUUCCCGAUUUAAAAAAAGAAAACUAUGCACUUGAUAAAUGCGGCGGCCCUUUUAUUGGUGGCAAUCAGAAACAGCGGCGGCGGCGGCGGAGCAUUGGGCGCCGAGAUAGAGUUCGGCACGGUGUGGUGGUUCGUGUAUGCCGGCAUAUCGUGCGUGCUGGUUCUGUUCGCCGGGAUAAUGUCGGGCCUGACAUUGGGCCUCAUGUCAUUGGGUCUAGUCGACCUUGAGAUCCUCCAGCGCAGCGGCACCCCGGACGAAAAGAAACAGGCUUCCACUAUACUCCCAGUGGUUCAGAAACAGCAUCAGCUUCUUGUGACAUUACUUUUAUGUAAUGCUGCUGCAAUGGAGGCACUUCCGAUUUACCUGGAUAAGCUUUUCAAUCAAUAUGUUGCAAUUAUACUGUCAGUGACAUUUGUUUUAGCAUUUGGAGAGGUUAUCCCUCAAGCAAUAUGCACCAGAUACGGACUUGCGGUUGGUUCUAAUUUCGUGUGGCUUGUUCGUAUUCUGAUGAUCAUUUGCUAUCCAAUUGCUUACCCAAUUGGCAAGAUACUGGAUUGUGCUCUGGGGCAUAAUGAGGUCCUGUUUAGACGAGCUCAGCUGAAAGCUCUGGUUUCUAUCCACAGCCAGGAGGCUGGUAAAGGCGGUGAACUCACUCAUGAUGAGACAACGAUCAUUAGCGGAGCAUUAGAUUUGACGGAGAAGACUGCUGAGGAGGCCAUGACACCAAUCGAGUCGACCUUUUCACUCGACGUGAAUUCAAAGCUUGACUGGGAGGCAAUGGGUAAGAUUCUGGCUCGUGGUCAUAGUCGUGUUCCCGUUUAUUCUGGGAAUCCUAAGAACAUCAUUGGACUUUUACUGGUAAAGAGUCUUCUCACAGUAAGACCAGAGACCGAGACCCCAGUCAGCGCUGUUUCUAUUCGUAGAAUCCCACGUGUCCCUGCAGAUAUGCCCUUAUAUGACAUACUUAACGAGUUCCAAAAGGGCAGCAGCCACAUGGCUGCUGUUGUGAAGCCCAAGGUCGAAAGAAAAAGGCCUUCCCCAUCUAUUAUUGAGAAAUCCGAAGAGAAUGAGGUCAAAAAUGGAAAUUCAGACUUAACUACUCCUUUGCUGUUGAAUAAAGAUGACAAUGUGUCGAGUACUGUAGUUGUGGAUAUCGACAAGGUCUCGAGAAAUAACUUAAUGUCUAGUGAUGACUCUGAAGAAGGUGAAGUUAUUGGCAUUAUUACUUUGGAAGAUGUGUUUGAAGAACUUUUGCAGGAAGAAAUUGUUGACGAGACGGAUGAAUACGUUGACGUACACAAAAGGAUACGUGUGGCGGCAGCUGCAGCCGCCUCAUCAGUCGCACGGGCCCCUUCGCUUCGCAGAUUAACGAGCCAGAAAGUUGGCCAACAGAAGCAAGGACAGCUGCCGAGAAAACCUGGUGAAGAUGACUCCACUUCUGCCAGAAAGACCACACAGUGAUUAUAAAUUGAAGUGUUCCGAAUUUUCGCAGAGAGGUAUUUUGUUGAUUUAGUGAUGGAAAUAAGAGUUUUAGUUGUGAUAUAGUACUUUUUUUAAAAACAACUGUAUUAUAACUUUAUAACUUCAUCUGCUCUGGUUGCAACAUUAUGCUUGUACUUCUCUUAAUAAAGCUCCAGAAUUGAAAACAUUAUACAGUUUAUUGUAUGUUUUGCUAUCUUUGAACUUUAAUUUUGUUAUUUUGGAAGCAAAAUGUACUCUUAUUGCCUUGGCACACACAUAUAUACACAUGUGGGUGUACGUCGAUCCAAUGGUUGAAAACUAACCAUACCGGUUGGGUGAAAUUCACCGUAAAAUACAUGGACUAUUAUUAGCAACAAAUAUGUAAAUUAAUGACUUGCAAUUUACUUUUGAAAUUUUGGUAUCAAGAGAUGGUCAACCCUGAUGAUCCAAGGUCAAGAGUCUUGGUAGAAUGAACAAAUGAAUGAAGUUCAGCCAAAUUACAAAAAUGAUUGAAGUGUAGCCAUAUUAUAAAAUGGAAAAAACAAGUCUCGAUAUUUUUUUUUCCUAUUACACUAUAUUUAGGCCUUGUUUACUAGCCUUGAUAGGAUGGGAUAAGGUUGGUUAACCAACCU